AUGUAUGUGGACGCCGAGGUCCGACAGCACGGCAAGAAAAGCCCGUGUCAUCCGGCGGCCUACUACAAUCGUGUCCUCACUUCUUGUGAACAGCUAUUCGAUGUUUGCCGUCAGCUGCCGAGCUGGAAAACUAAAAGGUCUGAGUGGCUCUUCGAGUGUUUCCCUUCUCAGCGAUCUUUGAAGAGAUCGCUGCAUCCGGAGAUUGAAAGGAAGCCGCUGCCGGCUGGGAUGAAAAAGGUUCUAAAGACUCAACUCGCUGCCUGUGUCUACACCAGACGCAGGCCAAGGCUGACCUCACCCUCAAGGAUGCUUCUGGGGGGACAGUUCUCCAUGUAG